AUGUAUGGGGGAUUAUUUAAGGGAACGGAUUGGAGAGGUGUAAAGGAAGUCUUUAUCAAUGAAGGAAGUGGAUGGGCGGAAGCCACGAAAGCUGUUCAGAAGGUGGCCGAUAUGGCAGAAGCAAAUGGCGUGGACUUUGUCGAGGGAGAUGUGGAAAACCUUGUCUUGACAUUGAAUGGUGAUUGCCUUGGCGUAUUGACGAAGGAUGGCAGGACUUUCCGCGCCGAUAAGAUCAUAUUAUCAACUGGUGCGGGUACAGCAAAGUUGCUUGCAGAUUCCGCACCACAAAUGCACCACAUUCUAGCUGGGGAUCGAAUUACCGCAGCUGCAGUUGUAUCUGGCCACGCCAAGUUGAGCAAGGCUGAGUAUGAAAGUAUCAAACAUAUUCCGGUGUUUGAUCAUGCAGUUGGAGAAUUGUUAGGCGCUGUACUUCCUCUUACCGCCGAUAGUAUACUCAAAUUCUACGUGGAUGUCACCCUGAAGAAUACAAGACUUCAUGAGAGCUCCGGAUAUAUGAUUUCUGCUCCACCUAAUGAAUCUGAUCAAGCGCAGAAUAAUUUUCUCAAGAGUUUGCAGGAGGAAUGCGACCGAGUAAUGAAAGGUAUCUUUGGCAAAAUUGCUGAAGAUUUUAAAUUCGAUUCUUUCCGCAUGUGCUGGUAG